AUGACAUGGAUAUGCAUGCUUCCUCUUCUAUUAGCAUCCAUCCAUGUGUUCAGUGGAGUCUCUGCAAGAUUUGUGGUUGAGAAUAACAGCAUCAAGGUGCUGUCUCCAUUGAGUCUGAGAGGAAAGCACGAUGGUUCCAUAGGUAACUUUGGAAUACCAGACUAUGGUGGGUUCAUUAUAGGCUCUGUGGUUUAUCCGGACGAAGGAGCUAAUGGUUGUGAACCCUUUGAUGGUCAGCCCUUCAAGUCCAAGUCUCCUCUCCCCUCUGUCCUCCUCCUUGAUCGUGGAGAUUGCUACUUUGCCUUGAAGGUAUGGCAUGGCCAACAGGCUGGUGCUGCUGCAGUAUUGAUGGCUGAUAGCAUAGAUGAACCUCUAAUAACUAUGGUUUCUCCUGAGGAAAGCAGUGAUGCAAAUCGGUACGUGGAGAAGAUUGGGAUUCCGUCGGCUUUGAUCGAAAAGUCUUUUGGUGACAACCUUAAGGAGGCCUUGAAGAAGCGUGAAGAUGUGGUGGUAAAACUAGACUGGAGGGAGUCAAUGCCCCAUCCUGACCAGAGAGUUGAAUAUGAGCUGUGGACCAACAGCAACGACGAGUGCGGCGUUCGUUGCGAUGAGCAGAUGAAUUUCAUAAAGAAUUUCAAAGGCCAUGCCCAGAUACUUGAAAAGGGAGGUUACACUUUGUUCACACCACAUUACCUAACUUGGUAUUGUCCUAAACCCUUUAUCUUUAGCAGUCAUUGCAAGUCCCAGUGUAUAAACCAUGGAAGAUAUUGUGCUCCUGAUCCGGAACAAGAUUUCAGAGAGGGAUAUCAAGGAAAGGAUGUGGUGUUUGAGAACUUGAGACAGCUUUGUGUGCACAGAGUUGCCAAUGAGAGCAAAAGGCCCUGGAUUUGGUGGGAUUAUGUGACAGAUUUCCAUAUCAGGUGUUCGAUGAAGGAGAAGAGAUAUAGCAAAGAAUGUGCUGAGGGUGUCAUGAGUUCUCUUGAUUUGCCUAUUGAGAAAAUCAAAAAGUGCAUGGGUGAUCCCGAAGCUGAUAUCGAAAACGAAGUCUUGAAACAGGAGCAACAACUUCGGGUUGGCCAAGGUUCUCGUGGUGACGUUACCAUUUUGCCAACAUUGGUUAUCAAUAAUGUUCAAUAUCGAGGGAAACUGGAGAGAAGUGCAGUGCUGAAGGCCAUCUGUGCUGGAUUUAAGGAGACUACGGAACCUUCGGUUUGUUUAAGUGCAGAUGUUGAAACUAAUGAGUGCCUUGAAAGAAAUGGUGGAUGUUGGCAGGAUAAACGAGCCAACAUAACAGCAUGCAGGGACACAUUCAGGGGAAGAGUAUGCGAAUGCCCCAUUGUGAAGGGCGUGCAGUAUAGAGGAGAUGGUUACAUAUCUUGUGAAGGUGCAGCUUUUUUCCCUUGUGUUAAAUUAGAUUCAACAUGGGCAAUGUGUUCACCCGUUUCCACUUGUCAUUUAUCAUCCAUUUACAGCCUUUGGACCUGCGAGAUGUACGAUAAACAGUGGAGGUUGCUGGAAAACCAAUUAAAAGGUUGUAAGUGCCCACAAGGGUUCAAGGGGGGUGGUCAUAAAUGUGAAGAUAUCGAUGAAUGCACUGAAAGAAGUGCUUGCCGGUGCGAUGGCUGCUCCUGUAAAAACACUUGGGGGUCAUAUGAAUGCAAGUGUAAAGGGAAUCUUCUCUACAUAAGGAACCAAGAUGCUUGCAUUGAAAGAACUGGAUCGCACUUCGGGUGGUUCAUUACCUUCUUGGUCCUGGCAGCUGUGACGGCUGCAGGCAUAGCUGGGUACAUAUUCUACAAAUAUAGGCUCCGGUCUUACAUGAACUCGGAGAUCAUGGCGAUCAUGUCGCAGUACAUGCCGCUUGACAAUCAGCAUAACAAUAAAGUUCCGAGUGAGGCACAACCUCUGCGGCAAAGCGCAACAGCAUAA